AUGCAAAUCGACUCUGAAUGGAACAUCAAGAGUCUGAGUCCCUCCAUCUCUUGUACGACGACUUAUGCGAACAUGAUAACAAGCGCUGCGUUUGGAAAUGGCCGCGUGGACUUGAUUCUCGUCAGCGGCAGAUCACGGCAGGCAAGAUCAUUAUUAUCGAGUAAUGAGAAUAACAAGUCUGAAGUUGAAAAAUCAGUAGCGCACCGAAUUAUCGUAUACGGACCGGACAAAGUUGCAUCAAGCUCGUUCGUGCAUCAUCGCCAACAAACUAUCCAAGCACACAGUGCGCCGUGGAGCCUGCACAUUGGCUGGAGAUGA